AUGCCCUGCUUUGGCUCCCUGUGCUCCUCUAAUGCACAUCAUGAGAACCAGAUGGUGCUACAGGGAGAAGGGGACUGUUUGUUUCUCCCCACCCUUCAAGCAGUACUCCAUAGGCUCCAGACCCCACAGAUGCUUCCUCUUUUCUCCUGCCAUGGGGAUCUGGUGGGUGGUCUGGCAAAAGGAAGAAGGAAGCCAGCUUCUGAGAUGGUCAGGACAGUGGGCAGGGGCUGGUUCAUCUGUCAGUUACUUAGGAAGGCGAGGACGGCUGCUGCCUCUGGUGUACCCUGUGCUGUGGAGACCAUCCUGGGAAUGCAAAAUAUCAGGGCUGAGUCAAAGCAGUGGGUUUUCCAAGACGCCAACUCAUGCUCCUUGCCUUGA